UGCCUGUGUGUAAGCGAGUGUGUGUGUUAUGUAGAUGGGAGAUUCUUCUCUUCAUAUCUCUGUCUUUGUUUUCCACAAAAUUGAAACACACAAAAUUAUUAAAGAAAAAUGUUGCGAUUACAUAGCUGAUAAACACAAAGCAAAAGCCGAUAAAACAAAAUAAAUUGAUUGGCUAAGCGGCAAGCGGCGUUUUGUUUGGAAUUCGAAACAAAAACGUAAAACGCUCCCUUUAAAGACUCAUAUACGUACAUUGUAUAUGUAUAUGCGUGUUUGUGUGUGUGUGUAUAAUGACCACCCAGCGAACGCAUCGAAAUGCCAGCAGCGCGGUGGGCGGGGGCGGAGGCGGCGGAGUUGUCGGUGAUUCGGACUAUGAGACACUGAUGCAGCGACUGCACAUUGGCAGCUAUCAGCGCUCGCCCGGCGCCAUUGAGCAUUUUAUGCACGAACCAACACAGCAGCAGCAGCAACAACAACAGCAGCAACAACAGCAGCAACAACAACAGCAGCAGCAGCAACAACAACAACAGCAGCCACAACAACAACAACGUUUGCCAAGCAGCGAGGAUUACAAGUUGUAUGAACGCGGCAAUAUAAUAGCUGCCUCCAAGUAUGCAACCGCAACGCCCAAGCCCAACAUGGAUCCCAUGAUGAUGAUGAUGAUGGCCAAUGGCAGCAACCACAGCAACAGCGGCAGCAGCAGCGGACUUAGUCAACCAGGUGGCAACUCGCCGCACAUUUAUGCGCCCACCGCUCAGGUGCUGGGACAACGGAUUGUGCCGCAAAAGCAUUCGCCCGUUUAUGAGAAUCUGGAGUUUUACGGGCAAUUCGAUACGAAUCAGAAGCGGGCACAGCCACAAAGUCCCGCCAGUCGUCAGAGUGUCAUGUUGAAUGAUUAUCUGCUAAUGCAACCGAUUGGAGGCGGUCGAUUCGCACACACGCCCGUGCCGGAGGCGCCCAAACAUAAUCACAAUCAUAAUCACAAUCACAAUCCCAUUCACAAUCCCAAUCCCAUUGAGGAGCUGUCGGCAACGGCGCCUAUCUAUGAGAAUAUCAUACCCCAUUCCGGGCAACGUGCACAGCCGCAGGCAUCGCCGGCAACGGCAACAAUCUAUCAGCACACGGAGAUGGCGACACCCACACCAAUGCCCAUGUCCAUGUCGAUGGCAAUGGCAAUGCCAAUUUCAAUGGCAGCAUCCAACACCGUGCUCACAUCUCCAUUGCAUCAACGCAGCAGCAGCAGCAACAGCUCGGCUGCAGCGGCAACAGCAACAGUUGCUGGCGGAUUGGGUUCACCGACACAACGCUAUCGCAAUCUAUCACUGCCCAGUCACUUGAGUCCAAUGGCAUCGCCGGUGCCCACGCCGUUGGCCAAGUUGCAACUGCAACAGCACACACCCAUCAAGCAGCAACAGCAACAAUUGCACCAGGGCAUCAAUGUGUCCGUCAAUCCCAAUUACAUUGAGGACAUCAACAGCUCCGAUUACGUCUGCAUGACGGCCAAUCUGCAUCGCAGCAGCAACAACACCAACAACACCAACAAUAGCAACAAUAUCAACAGCAACAAUAUGAACAACAACAACACUGCCAAGAGUCGCAGUCCCAAUAAUGUGCGUCUCAAUGCGGCAAGUCCACAGCCAGCAACACAACCGCAGUCAACACCACAAACACAACAAACACAGACCGUACAGACAACAACGGCAACAACAUCGACAACGCAACAACAACAACAGCAACCCGCAACACUGCAGCUGCGUGCCACGCCCAUUUCAAUAACGGCGCCACUGGCGGUGGCAACAUCACCAACGCCCUCGCAGAGUAGCACAGCCGCCUUGCGGCCCAAACGAGGUCUGACUAAGAAUCUGCUGCCAUACAGCGUGACACCACCGCGUCCGGCAGGUCCGACCGAGGCGCAGCGCAAGAUUGAGGAACUGACGCGACAACUGGAGGAGGAGAUUGAACAGAGCGAGGAGCAUGGCGAAUAUUUCGGCAUUUGUCACACCUGUGGGGAGAAGGUGAAAGGCGCUGGACAAGCCUGUCAGGCGAUGGGAAAUUUGUAUCACACAAAUUGCUUCAUUUGCUGCUCCUGUGGACGUGCUCUGCGCGGCAAGGCGUUCUACAAUGUUCAUGGGCGUGUCUACUGCGAGGAGGAUUACAUGUAUUCAGGUUUUCAGCAGACGGCUGAGAAAUGCGCCAUUUGUGGACAUUUGAUCAUGGAAAUGAUUUUGCAGGCCAUGGGCAAAUCGUAUCAUCCGGGCUGCUUUCGUUGUUGCAUCUGCAAUGAAUGCCUCGACGGUGUUCCCUUUACCGUCGAUGUGGAUCACAAGAUUUAUUGUGUCAACGAUUAUCAUCGCAUGUUUGCUCCCAAAUGCGCCAGUUGUGGCAAAGGCAUCACACCCGUGGAGGGCACAGAUGAGACCGUGCGCGUUGUGUCCAUGGACAAGGAUUUCCAUGUGGACUGCUAUAUCUGUGAGGAGUGUGGCAUGCAACUGACCGAUGAGCCGGACAAGCGUUGUUAUCCGCUAGACGGGCGACUUCUCUGUCGUGGCUGUCACUUGCAGCGCCUCGCAUUGCAAUCCUCACCGCACACACGCCACCAGGAGCCCGUGUGCGCCUCCUAUCAGUAUAUGGGCUGAGCUCUGACCUCGUGACUGGACUGACCCAAAAAACUAUUACAAAAUAUGAUAUAUAUAUAUAUACUAUAACGAUUUGCACGCACAAAAGAUAUACAUAAAAACAAAUUGAACAUAAAUAUUUCCAAUAACCAAUAUCAAACUAUAAUAAAGGGAAACAUUUCAUAAAUACAAA